AUGUAUUCUAUCAAUGGUGCUCCUUUUCAAAGGUCUCAACAUCCUCAUGCUACCUCCUGCCGGCACUUCCACCUUGCCCCCCAGCCCCAGAUCUCCGCAGACUUCCCCCUGCCUCAUGCCGUCCAGCCUCACCUCGCAGCCGCUCACCAGCACAACAGCCCGCUUCACUCGUCGCUGCCAACUUUACCUACCCUGCCAUUCCAGGAUGUGACGGGACCUCCGUUCCUACCUCAAGCCCUUCACCAGCAAUAUCUCCUCCAGCAGCGGCUCCUCGAGGCUCAACACCGCAGGUUCAUAUCCCAUCCCAGGCGGACUCAGGAGCCCAUGUCUGUCCAACCUCAUCGGUUACAUCCAAGCUUUGAAUUUGGCCAUCAACUGCAGACUCCCCGCACCGUGGCGCCCCAACCUAGAUAUUUAGCUGAAGGAACAGACUGGGAUCUGAGUGUCGAUGCUGGUCUCAGUCACAACCAGUUCCAGGUCAGGCCAGUUCCUCAACAUUAUCAGCAUUAUUUAGCUCCACAAAGGAUGCAUCAUUUUCCCCAGAAUACAUCCUCAACACAAAUGGUUGUCCACGAAAUCAGAAAUUACCCUCAGUUUCAGCUGCUUGCUCUUCAGGGACUGAAUCCAAAUCGGCACACAUCUGCCGUGCGAGAAAGUCAUGAGGAGUUGUUGCAGCUAGAAGACAGGUUGGGAAGUGUGAGUAGAGGAGCUGUGCAAAACACCAUCGAACGGUGCACUUUCCCACACAAAUACAAGAAGCGAUGGCCGCAGGAAGACAAGACAGAAAAGGAAGAAGGGGAAGAGUCAGAUACUGAUGAGAAGUGCACAAUCUGUCUCUCAAUGCUUGAAGACGGCGAGGAUGUGAGGCGAUUGCCAUGUAUGCAUCUCUUCCACCAAGUGUGUGUCGACCAGUGGCUGGCAAACAGUAAGAAAUGCCCCAUCUGCCGAGUGGACAUUGAAACACAGCUCGGGUCGGACAGCUGAAAUGAACCGC